UCGAAAAUGAAACUGUUUCUCUUGUGUCUACUCACAGUGGUCCCACCCUUACUGGCUUCAGAAGAGUGGAAUGUUUUCAAAAAAACUUACAACAAAUCGUAUGCAAACGCCUGGGAAGAAAAUUUCCGGAAACAGAUAUUUCUGGAAAAGUUGAAACUAGUCGAAGGACAGAACAGAAAAUUUGAAAAAGGACUUUCUUCUUUCUCGGCAGCAAUCAAUCGGUUUGCUGAGUUGUCAAGAGAAGAAGUUUUUAAAACUAAAUCAGAUAGCGAAGUUGAGGAAAAACCAUCUGCUAGACCAUUGAGACCUUUACCUAGGGAAGAUGUACCCGAGAGCAUCGACUGGAGAGACUAUGGCGUAGUAACACCCGUUGCAGAUCAGUUCUAUUGUCAAUCAUGCUGGGCUUUUGCUGUUGUCGCUACUGUAGAGGCUCACAUGGGAAUUUAUCGACAACAGAACGUCAGCUUGAGUCAGCAAAAUUUGAUAGACUGUGUCGACCUCAACUUUGACUGUGACCAAUAUUUAGACAGAUACAUGGUCGACAAGACCUACCAAUACGUAAUUGAUAACCAUGGAAUUGAUACUGUUGACUCAUACCUGUACGAAUAUGUCGUAGGAGAAUGUCGGUUCAGUUCUGAAAACGUUGGGGCUACAAUUGUGGGUUAUGGUAACAUUACAGAAGGCGACGAGGAAGAACUAAAAACUGUUGUCGGUACUAUUGGACCAGUUACUGUUGUUAUUACUACCGAUAUAGAUUGGGAACUUUAUCAAAGCGGUAUUUAUUACAGUGAAGAUUGUAUGAAUACCACUGAACUUUUUAACCAUGUGGUGGUAGUUGUCGGGUAUGGAAAUGCAAACGGCCAAGAUUAUUGGAUUGUUAAGAAUUCUUGGGGAACUUGGUUUGGGGAGGAUGGCUACAUUAGAAUGGCUAGGAAUAGAGACAACCUCUGUGGGAUUGCGUCCAUUGCUCGUUAUCCAAUUAUGUAG